CUCAUUAUUCUUCCAUCUACCACUUUAACUUCGGGUAUAUAACGAUUUCUAAUUUGUUAUUGAGUGAAGUAGUUUUUUUCUCUAUUUACAUUAACAUUCAUUAUACAAAGAAUACGUAGUAUCGAUGUUCCUGAGACUCCAUAGGGUCUAAAAGUGCAAUAGUUGAUCAUCGAAAGAUUGGUUAGGAUACAUUUUUUAUAAGUAUAUAACGUAAGGUGCAUAAAAUGCAAAAAUGAUUCUCGCUAAAUGCCGACUGAUAUUCCAACACAAUCGAAUUGUUACCGCAAAUCCAAAUGUGUCUUCUGUCGUUGCCUUCAAUAGUCUCAAAAUCGAACCUUAUAUCAGAAAAGACUUCAGAGAACACGAGCAGAAGCGAUAUUAUCGUAAUUUUGGACAUGCCCAUAUAAAAUUGCCCCUGUUCAAAGUGAUUGUUUAUUCAGCGACGGUCACAGGCUUGAUAGCAACCUUUAUUGAUUUUAAAGGGAUCAAAAUACAGUUGAAACCUUAUGUGAAUUCAAUAAAAAAUAAGCUGACGCCUCGUGUGGAUGCGGCUGAGAUGCUCACGGAAAAGAAAAAGGCUAGCGAGGAGGAGGAAGAGUCAAUGGACCAUACAGAGGCAGAGGAGCCUAAGAAGAAAAAGUCAAAGAAGCAAAAAGUCGGAUUUCGGGAUAGAAAGAUAAUAGAGUACGAAAAUCGUAUGAGGCAUUAUUCAACUCCCGACAAAGUCUUUCGAUAUUUUGCAACGCUGCAAAUCGUCUUCAAUGACCAUACCCACGAGGUUUUUAUGACGCCAGACGAUUUCUUGAGAUCGAUGACCCCUGGCGUUAAACAACCUGAUGGUCUUGGAUUGGAUCAAUACAAGCGAGUCGAUCCUAAGAACUACUUUUCGGAUUUGCAGAACGUCCAAGCUAAAUUGGAAUUGGAAUUGGACGAGGACAGCAUUUUUUACAAACUCGGCAGUUCCGGACUCAUUACUUUUUCUGAUUAUAUAUUUCUGUUGACAGUGCUUUCAACUUCUCGACGUCACUUUGAAAUAGCCUUUAGAAUGUUCGACUUUAACGGAGACGGAGAUGUCGAUUCAGAAGAAUUUGGCAAGGUCGCGACUUUGAUUCGGCAACAAACGAGCAUCGGGAAUCGCCACCGAGAUCACGCCAACACCGGGAACACGUUCAAGGGCGUAAAUUCGGCUUUGACAACGUACUUCUUCGGUCCGAACAUGAAACAAAAACUGACGAUAGAAAAGUUCUUGGACUUCCAGGAACAGUUGCAAAAAGAAAUCCUCAGUCUGGAGUUCGAGCGUCGAAAUCCUGACAGUAACGGCAACAUAUCGGAAGUCGAUUUCACGGAAUUAUUGUUGGCGUACGCCGGUUAUCCUGAGAAGAAAAAGGCCAAGAUGUUAAAGAGGGUUAAAAAAAGUUUCAAGGAUCACGCAAAGGGUAUAAACAAGGAAGAUUAUCUCAAAUUCUUCCAUUUCCUCAACAAUAUCAAUGACGUUGAUACUGCUUUGACUUUUUAUCACAUCGCUGGAGCGUCGAUUGACCAGGCCACUCUGAAACACGUUGCGAAGACGGUCGCGCACGUUGAUUUGAACGAUCACGUUAUUCAAGUUGUUUACACGAUAUUCGAUGAGAACAUGGACGGACAGUUGAGCAACCGAGAAUUCGUUUCCGUAAUGAAGAAUCGAGUUCUCCGCGGUUUGGAGAAGCCAAAAGACACCGGUUUCGUCAAACUUAUGCAAUCUAUGAUUAAAUGCGCGAAACAUAGUUAUCCGGUUAACUUUGAGAAAUAGAUACACGUUUAUAAGUUGA